GGGAGGCCGUACGUCACCCUGCCUACCAGCGGAGGAGUGGAUGGCCUCUGUAAUAAAAACACAUGAAGAGAAUUGAGGAAAAGGAGAAGAUUGGAAGCAACAAGACGGGGCGUUUUAUUCCUUUCUCUCCUCCUCGCCCACCGCUGCUGCUGCUGCUGCUGGAGCCAUAUGGACGCGUCUUAACAACACUGAGGAGAUAUAUAUAUAUCAUCGACAGCUCUCCGGAUGAAAUGCCAUGUUAUGUGUGGCUUCUUUCUUGGCUUUUUUUGAGCAGCAGACAGAGAUAACUGUACUGUAUCCCAGCCUAGCCUAGCGGAUUGGAGUGAAAGUCCGCCAUAUUCUGCCUUUACCACGCCCGGAGAGAGUCGAGCCACUACUGGGAAAUAAAACAACGCACAGCUUUUACGCAUGUGUUUUUCCACAUGUUGUUGCGCGGACGAUUACUUGGGAUUUUUUGUUGAUUGCAAAAAAAAUAGCAAAACAUUGAAGACUGUGAAGAAGAAGAGGAUGGCAAUGCUUAAGGAGAUCACACAGAGCAGUAUGGAGAGAGAGGAUGUGUCUUAGAAGGAUCUGUUGAUCAUAUUGUAAGAAGAGAAGGAAAAGCAGAUUAAUUAAGAUUGCACAGCAACUCGCUUUUGGACACUAUUUGUUUUUUAAGCUGUCGGGAAGCUCAGAAAGCGAACCGAAACAGGAGGAAAGAGGAGGAGGGUCUAUAAUAAUUUCUCAUAUAUCUCCUUUCCACACCACAAUCUGUGUUCAGCCUCUUUAUUAUAAAGGGCGUAAUUUCACCACCAAGUAUAGGCCUGUAUGAGAGGACGUUAUUUGGCAUUCAUAGGCCUUUUGUUUUUUUUGUUUUUUUUUUACCCCCGAUGAAAUCUGAAUGAAUCAGUAAGAGAGGGGAAAAAAAAAGUGCGUGUUUUGGUAAAAAGAAAAAAAGGAGUGAGAAUGACCCUGGAGUCCAUCAUGGCGUGCUGCCUCAGCGAGGAGGCGAAGGAAGCGAGGAGGAUCAACGACGAGAUCGAGAGGCAGCUCCGGAGGGACAAGAGGGACGCACGACGGGAACUGAAACUGUUGCUUCUCGGCACUGGGGAAAGUGGGAAGAGCACAUUCAUCAAACAGAUGAGGAUUAUCCACGGCACCGGUUACUCUGACGAGGACAAAAGGGGUUUCACUAAACUGGUCUAUCAGAACAUCUUCACAGCCAUGCAGGCCAUGAUCCGAGCCGCCGAGUCGCUCAAGGUCCCCUACAAAUAUGAGCACAACAAGGGCAACGCCAACAUCGUGAGAGAGGUGGACGUAGAAAAGAUCUCCAUGUUCGACAAUCCUUACAUAGAUGCAAUCAAGAGCUUAUGGAAUGACCCGGGCAUCCAGGAGUGCUACGAUCGGAGGAGGGAAUACCAGCUCUCAGACUCCACUAAAUAUUACCUGAACGCAUUGGACCGGAUCGCCAUGCCAGCCUACCUUCCCACCCAGCAGGAUGUGUUGAGGGUUCGAGUCCCCACCACAGGCAUCAUUGAAUACCCGUUUGACCUGCAGAGUGUCAUAUUCAGGAUGGUGGAUGUCGGAGGUCAGAGGUCGGAGAGGAGGAAGUGGAUCCACUGCUUUGAGAACGUCACGUCCAUCAUGUUCCUGGUAGCGCUCAGCGAGUACGACCAAGUGUUGGUGGAAUCGGACAACGAGAACCGGAUGGAGGAGAGUAAAGCUCUGUUUAGGACAAUAAUCACAUACCCCUGGUUCCAAAACUCCUCAGUCAUUCUCUUCCUCAACAAGAAGGACCUGCUGGAGGAGAAGAUCAUGUACUCUCAUCUGGUUGACUACUUCCCAGAGUAUGACGGUCCCCAGAGGGAUGCCCAAGCAGGGCGUGAGUUCAUCCUCAAGAUGUUUGUGGACCUGAAUCCAGACAGCGAUAAGAUCAUCUACUCUCACUUCACCUGUGCCACUGACACAGAGAACAUCCGUUUCGUCUUCGCCGCCGUCAAAGACACCAUCCUGCAGCUCAACCUAAAAGAGUACAACCUGGUGUAGAGCGGAGCAGGGCUGCCGACAGGAGGCGCCUCAACACACACUGACUGACGCAAUCUGUGAAAGGAGAGAUCACAUACACACACACGAAAAGAAAAUCAGAGAAAAAAAAAAUCUAAUGGUUGCAUAAUACUAAUUUAUUUGCCAUUUGUUGAUCUCUUGUUCCCCAAGGGGUGAGCAAAGUAAAUGUUAUCUUGCUAUUUAAGGAGCUGAUGAAAUAUAGGGAGGGGGAGAUAUUUGGAAGGGUUUGCUGUUGAAUAAGUGCAGCAACGAUUCCUCAUUUUCAGGCUUUGCACAUUGUGAAGUUUUGUUUUGCUUUUUGACAGAAAGAAACUUUGUGCACUCGAGGUUUGGGGGCUUGUUUUGUCUGUCAGUCUGAUACAUCAGAGCUGGAACGAAUGCAAUGCGCUCCCUGCCUCCUGCCUUUUUAUAAACAACCCUCUCUCCUUACAUGUCGGUUCACUCUGAAGCUUCGUCCUGGGCGCUAACAGGAAAUGAUGUAACACAUCUCUAAUGGACAGCUUCCAUUUUCAUUCAAAGGACUGAUUGGCAAAAAGACAAAAGAUAUGAACUGUGAUUUUUAAAUUAUUUCACAUUGAUUGACUUAAAUCAUUAUUACAUUGACUUUGGUACCAUCCGAUGAGUGGAGCAUGUGUGACCGUGGAGUCUUGACAGUCACAUGAGUUCUCCAGCAUCAAUGUAACCACAAAGUUUUGAGAGAAAUUGGCUUUAAAAAUGCUUUCUGAGCUUUGAGCGAGCAGGUGAGGAGGCACCUCUGCUGUCACGUCAUGAAAAUCAUGAUGAUGAUGGCGCUGGUUGCUUUACACGGACUGAAGGGAGUCGAGGAGGGGAUAAUUUAUGAGACAAUGUUGUUAAAUGAUUAUGUUCAACUGUGCCACAUUAACGCUUUUUAUUAUGGUAAUAUGUAUAUUUAUUGCCAAUGCCAAAACAACUCGAGCACCAGACUCCAAUUGCGCUGUUAAGUGAAAUGAAAAGUGUUGAGGACAGGAGAAGAGCAGAGCUAAUGAACGCAGACCUUACGGACUCGACCGACUGAUUCCUGCAAGUAUUCAACAAAGUCAACGGUAUUGACGCCACCCACUGCGCUGAACUGUCCAAUCACAACCUUGCGCACGGCUACAAACCCCUCCCCCUGGCCUACAGACCGUCCAGUCACAUUUUAGCUGUGUCUUUAUACCCGUUUAAUCACAGCCCGGCUGUCUUGACUGUUGUAGCUCAAUAGCAGUGGAGAAUAAAUUUGGCUAAAUCCUGUGUAAAAGGGCGCAGUGUUGAUGUUCAGUUUGUACCAAAGUAAGCCCUUCUUCUUUCUGAUUGGCGUCUCUCAUUCCCGAGUUACUUUAAGUAUUUUUUUGUAACAAUCCCCCAGAACAUAAGCCUGUAAUUUACAUUUAUUGAGGCAUAGUGCAAUUAUGAAUGCUAUAAUCAUUGUACAUACAUCUCUAUAUAUAUGGCAGCAUCUUUGUUGGCUUUGUAAUCAUUACUUUUUUGGCAGAUUGAAUGUGCGGUAUUGAAAAUAUGUAUCUAUGUAAUUGUAUUGUAUGUCUAAUGGCUAAUUCAUUUUUGGAAGAAAAAAAUAUGUUAUUUACAUGUUUGUUUUUGUUUCCUUUUUUUUUUUUUAAAGAGGAGAAUGUAAAUUUUGUGUUUUUGCCAGUUUUGUUUCUCAGCAAAGAAACAUUGUUCAGCUUCAGAACUGCAUAAAGAGGAAUAUUAUUAUCCAACAACACAUUGAUUGGUAUGCCAGUACUUAUCGUAGCCGGUUUGUUUAAAUUGACUUUUAUAUGAAAAACUGCAGACUGAAUCCAAUCUACAGGGCUAAUUGUAAUAGUUUAGUUCUUAACUGGCUUCAGGAACAGAGCACUUGUCAUAUAAUCACAUCACUCAUCGAUUCUUUUAUAUUUAACUAAAUCACACAGCGUCUCAAUAAGUAUUUAUGAGAUUUCUUAGUGUACUGCACACCUUGUAAUCCUGAGUAUCCCCCAACCCACCACCAACCACCUUAGUAGGUUUUAUUUAACAAGUAUUGCUACAACAAGGUGGUUGGCAGGCACAUUAAGUGUUGCUUUGGCUAAGAUUUUGUAUAAAAAUCUUAUUAAGGAUUAGAUGUAAUUAACUGAUUGUUUGUGCUAAUAGAUGGGAACGCCAUCACCUUUAGCACCCCCUCAAAUGAACCUCCGCCCUGAUAGAAACUCAGUAUUGUAGAGUCUCUCAGAGUCGGUGACUGACUAGUGUACACAAAAAAUUACUCCAUUUGGCCUAAUUAGGAUGGUACAUUUAAAGGUGCUUUUAUAUUUCUUUUUUUUUUUUUACUUCAUUUCCAUCUCGAUUGCCACCAUUUCAUUAGAAUGUACAGUAUUAUUUUAGACUUUAUUUAUGAACAUAGGAGAAAACACACAACAGUUCAUGUGUACAUAUUGCCUUAUUGAAUAAGCUGUGCCUCUGAAGACUCACGCAAGGCACCUGUGUUUUUAUGAGAAGUGAAGCUAGUGCAGCCAAUAAUGUCCCAUAUUGUGCAGCUGGAGGAUUGUUUGGUUUUGGCUUGGUGGUCUCUCUUUGUUAUUCUGUGCUAUGAGAAGCCCUGGGAACAGCUUUGAAGUGUAGCUAAUAUGACAUCAUUACAGGAUAUUAUGAGAACAUCAUGAGUGAAUUGUAAUCGGAACAUACUUUCUAUUGUUUUCAUAAUGUUGUCACAUCAGAUUCAUGUGAUUAAUUCCACGCCAGAUGUGACCAUGAUUAAACAACAGUGUUUCAAGAUGCGUAGAAUGGGCCACAAUCUGGACUCCAAACCACCGCCAACCACCUGCGGAGUGUUUUUGCCACAUUUGGCUGCAGUUCGGCAUCUACCUGCCUCUUUGGCAGGUAACCAGCCCUCACUUGGAGGUCCUGUUGUUUUCAGAUAUUUCAGCUGGCCAGGAUGAUUGAUUUUGGCAGGCAACCACCACUUCAACAAGUUAAUUUCCAGCCUAAUUCAUAGUAUGAAUUCAAGUAAAUCUUACAAUAACCACUUACCAACAGCAGGGCCUAAUAUAAUAAGAAAAACUGGGGGCCAACUCAUCAUACCUGAACAUUAAAACGGUGUUAAUGUGAUUCUGCUUGUUGCCAGAGGAGAUGUUUUGAAGCUGGACUAUAGUUUCAACUCAUCAGUGUUGAUGGUCACUUGUUGUAGAGAAUCAGUAAGUUGUGUCCCUGCUGUUGUAAAGUGCUUAUUUACACUGACCCUGCUGCUUAAAUUGAAAAUCCUUGUUUAAACAAUGGCCAUGUUUGUGAGCCUCAAAAAGUAAUUAAAAAAAGCUAAAAAAGUGACAAACUAAUAUUAAUGUUUUGGUUUAGCGUUUUUACAUCAUACAAAAACUAUAUUGUAGCCUACUGGCAAAAAUACAAAUGAUAAUUGGAUUUUGGCAGAUAAAUAUGAGCCACAGAGGACUGUUUCCAAGCUUUGUGAGAGACUUGUUCACAUCAUUCCUCCUGUGAGUUGUAUUCAGGCUGGGUUUUCCCUUUAAGAGAGCACAGACUCCAGCUGGUGUCGACUCGCUGACACACAUUGUUUGAAACCUCUACUGCUGUUUCAAUUUCAUGCAGUAUGUUCAAGAGCAGCGCUGUGUUACGUACAGUAUAUUAAGGACCGCGUUAUGUAGAACUGCAGGGUUGAAAAUAACUUUCGAUAAACUGCUCUUUUGCUCUCAGACGCAUUAUCUGCUUUUAUCCUUACUUUUAAUGACUUCAUGUUUAAAUUUGAAAUAGUGCUAUUAUCACAAUCUCCAAUCAUAAUUGUGUAACAUUUUUUCUGUAUCCAUAAACUCCGUCAACAAGUUUCUGAACGAAACGACAUGUUUCUUUUCAAAAGUAGGUCGACUCUGAUUUUCCUUGGGAUUUUAGCAAUACAGCUAUCAUUUCUACUUUGUGAGUCAUUUAAUGCCUUUAAAUCUAUAUCAUUACUCCUCACCAUACUUCCUGCCAGAUGUCCUAAGUUGUAUUUCAACUCCACAAUUUGUAUGACAAACCUCUGUCAAGCACUUAAAAUGUAAUUCAAGUGAACACAGAUGUGAUUCUUGCUAAGUAGAAUCAUAUACUCUAUAAAGUUUCACCUUAGAGGUCAAUUUUCUCUCUUUUUCGCUGUUAUCUGAGGUAAUUUAUAGUUUUACAUGCUCAAAAAGAGAAAAGAGAGACAACAGAAUAUUUUGAGAAAAAUAGGGAAACUUGGCGGGAGCUAACUUUGUUUACUUCCGUUUAAAACUCUCCUAACGCCACCAUAAAUAAAGUUAAUUUAGAUGUAAGACAACUUGUGAUUGUAAAUCGAGGCAUCAACUCCAAAAAUAAUUCAUCACAUUUCAUGAAAUCCACUGCUUUUUAUAUCCUGGAAGGAUUGGUGUUCAUAUUCUAAAUGAUCUCUCCCAGAAAACAAAUUGUCAUAAGAGCCAGAUUCUCAUUUAAAAAAUGGGAGUUGAGGUAUUAUAUCAACAUAAAUACAGCAGCCGACAGAUCCUCACUGAGCGACUCAAUGGAAAAGUGAAAUCUUUGUACUUAACUGUUCCCGCUGAUGAUAACGUGUUCAGUCUUUCUGUUUUUGUAAAUGUUCUUGUUGCAAAGCAAUCAUGAUGAUACAGAGUAGACUGGACUUCUCUAAAAAUGUAUUGUUCAAAAAGAGGACACUCGUGUGGAUAAACAGAGAGUAAAUUGCACAAAAAAA